AUGGACUCGAGUCGGUACGCGACGCCAGAGCACGCGCGACGGUACGAGGCCGGCAGCGGCGACGUGCUCAGCCACUUUGCAAGUCUGGUGACGCCCGACGUGUCCAAGCAGAGCGACUGUCCACGCCGCUCAGUGGACGUGCGCCGUGCAGUGCUACAGCCGAAGAAACCACAGGCGCCAGUCAAAGUGUUCGACGACUUUGUUAUCGAGAAUCACACUGAGAGCAGUGACCGCAGCAGUGAAUUGAGUACAGAAAACGUAGCAGCCUUCAAGUCGUACGCGCUGAGCUUUUCGCCGCCGAGCCACAGUCUCAAGAAGUCGAGGAGAGAGGCGACAGGUCCCUGCACACAGACGUUGACUAGUGCAGGCCGCUCGACGUGCAGGAGCUCACUGGAAAUGAGUGACAGGACAGAGGACAUCAUGGAAGAGGAAGAGCCGUACUCACCCGUGACGUCGUCGGUGAAAUUCCUCAUGAGUCGAGAUCCUGAAGAAGAGGAGCGAGUGCUCAGCUCCAAAUCAGACAAGGACAAGGUGUAUCUGUACAAAAAGAGAUACAUUGAUACGUACGAGCACGCAGUUGCUUUGCUGAAACACGCAGCAGCGCUGGAGCGCGAACGAGAGGACAAGCAGUCGGAUCUCGAGUAUUUGAGGUCGACCGUCAAAACGCAGACGCAGAUUAUCAACGCACUGAGUGAAAACCAGCAACUCAGUGAACCGAGCGAUGUCCAGCGAGAGAAAAGGAUUCAGUCGUUGUGCCGUGAAGUCACAGGCCUCGUGAUGCAGCUGAGUCAGCGUAACUCGCUCAUUGAUAGCUUGCACGAAGAACAGGAUCGGUCAGCGAAGAUGCGUGACGACCUCAGGAUGUCACAGGGGCUUAGUUUGAGCAGUGUGAGCGAGGCAAUGCAGUUUUCGAACGACUUUCAAGACAAGCUGGAGACUGCACUUCGUGAGAAGCAAGAAGCUCUAGAGAGUAAAGCUCGAGUGACGGCACAGCUGAAAGACCUGAAACUGCUGUACGAGAAGUGUGAAGCUGCGCGGUCAGCGCUUUCGGAUGGACUUGACCAGGCUGAAAGACAGACUACGGCGCUCCACACACAAUGGGUUGAGGAAAAACAGGAAAUACUGGCUUCCGUAAGAAAAGGUGAUCAGAAGUCGACGGAUCUUGCGGCAGAGUGUGAUCAAUUGCGAAAGAAGAACAGAGACGUAAAGACUUCUCUCGCUCAGUCGCUGGAAAAUGAGAAGAAGUACUUGUCGACGAUUGAGACCCAACGGCAAGCUGUCGACAGGUCUCAGUUGCACAUUUCGCAACUGCAAGCUGAGCUGAGUGAGCUGCGUAUGCAAUUGCAAUUGCUUAACGAUAAAGAAUCAAGGACAAAUGUGCUUGAAAGCGAUUUGUCUGGCGCAAAAGAGAAGCUUCGACGCUGUUUGGUUCACUCGGAUGAGCUCAAGGAGCGGCUUGAACAAAAGAAGAACGAAGUUGAAGCUGUCACUGCACGAUAUCGGGAACGUGCGGCUUUGUUGGAGCAGAGAGUGUUUGACGUCGAAGCAGUUCGACGAAGCCUUCAUAAUAAGGUGAUGGAACUGAAAGGGAAUAUCCGCGUUUUCUGCCGCGUUCGUCCGAUUCUGCGACACGAGCUCACACGAUCACGAGGCGAAGAGCUUUUUGCAUUUCCCGACUACCACACGGAGCGACGACAGAUCGAGCUUAGCGCGAACCCAAAGUCGCACGUCGGCUAUGGUCAAAAUGGAUCGAGAAGCGUGGUCAAGAAGUACAACUUUGGCUUUGAUCUUGUGUUUGGCAAAAAAUGUACGCAAGAAGACGUUUUUGUAGAGGUGUCUGCGCUGAUCCAGUCUGCUCUGGAUGGGUACAACGUGUGCAUCUUUGCCUACGGUCAAACCGGAUCCGGGAAAACCUACACGAUGCAGGGGAACGAGGAGGACUCUGGUUCUAUUGUGAUGGAGCCAUCGUCAGACAUGGGGAUCGUUGGUCGAGCGAUUUCUCAUAUCUUCGCUAGCAUUGAUGAAUUGAGAUUAAGCGGAUGGAGUUUUGCCGCAAGCCUGGAAUUGGUCGAGAUUUACAACGAGACCCUUCGCGAUUUGCUUGCGCCCGCUGAUUCUACAGACAAGGUCGAGCUCCGUCUCGAUAGUGAGGGCAAAACUACUGUGGUAAAGUCGUGCGUCCGUGAGGUGAAGAAUGAGCAAGAGGCGUGGCGUGUCUUACGAGGAGCAAUGUCGAGGAGAUCGACAAAAUCCACUAAGAUGAAUGACCGAUCUUCACGUAGUCAUUGCGUGACCACGUUCAGACUACGCGGGGUCAAUUCGCUGACCGGGGACCAACGAAUAGGUGUUAUAAAUCUUGUCGACCUGGCGGGAUCCGAACGUUUGUCAAAGUCGGGUAGCGAUAGUAACAAGGAGCUUCUGAAGGAGGCUACAUCGAUUAACAAGAGUCUUUCGGCAUUGGGCAACGUGAUUUGUGCCCUCGCAAAAAAGUCGACGCACGUCCCGUUCCGUGAUUCCAAGUUGACACAUUUUUUGAGUUCCUCGCUUGGCGGAGACAGCAAGACACUAAUGAUCUGCAACCUGUCGCCGCUAGGGGAGCACCGUGACGAGACGCUUAACUCGCUUCGGUUUGCUAAAAUGGUGAAUUCUUGUGAGAUCGCGUACCCGUCCACGGUAUCCGGUCGGUCGUAG